CUUGACAUUUAUUCCUUAGGCCCUACGUUUAUUCCCUAGGCUUCCUUCCGGUUUAGAGAAUUCUCAAGUACUCGUUCUUUGUUUAUAUGCAUGUAGAUUCCUUUAAUAUAUAUUCACGGACAGGACGCUAAUAUUUUAGGAAAAGAUAAAUUAAAAUGGCAGAAGAUUUUGGAAGAGAUACACCACCUAUGUACACAGCAAAUGAAGAAACAAAAACUGCUGGACAACCCCUUUCGGAUUUUUUACUACAACUCGAAGAUUAUACGCCAACAGUACCGGACGCUGUUAGUGAAUAUUAUUUACAUACUGCUGGUUUUAAUACGACAGAUCCCAGAAUAGUGAGAUUGGUUUCACUAGCUGCACAAAAAUUUAUAUCUGAAAUAGCAAACGAUGCACUGCAACACUGUAAAACACGUGGAGCCAAUCAGAAUACAAAAACGAAAGGAAAAGAUCGACGUUAUACUCUUACCAUGGAAGAUCUGACCCCGGCAGUUGCAGAAUAUGGCAUUAUAGUUAAAAAACCACAUUAUUUUGUUUGAUUCAGUAGCGUCCUACUUUAUCUAUUUUUAUUCAUGAAAAAUCUUUAUUUAUUUAAUAUUCUUUCACAUAUAUAGAAUGAAUUUCUAAUAUGCAGUAUAUCAUUGUACAAUUUUUAUAAAAAUUAAGCGACAUGCUACAACAAAAGACAUAAAACUGUAAAAGUAAUGUAGCUUGAGGGUCAUACAUGAUAGUUUUAAAAUGACUAGGAAAUUUAAAUAUAUUAUACUCUAUCCGAAAAAUUAA